AUGCGGAGUGCCUGGGACUACUGGUAUGAUUUUGGAGGGGGGUUCGAUCCGAUGAUACUCGACGCGGCGGGGGCGCUUCCGCUGGCGGUGCUGGGGGCGGACGUGGCCUACGCCUACCGCUCGACCGGGGUGGCGGCGGCGGUGCUGGCUUCUAUGGUGACCGGGGCGCUUCUGAGGUGGGGUGUGCCUGGUUUCGCUGCACCUGGGAUGGGGCAGGUAAGUUUCCAUGGACCCCUGGACGUCCUCCACGGGCUGGACCUCCUGUUGAUCCCCGUGGUGGUAGCCGCCUCGGUCUCCCGCCCUCACCACUACGUCGGGUCGGUGCUUCUGCUGGUCUUCCUGGUGAUGGCGCUCCGUCGGUAUAACCGCCUAAAAUUCCCGAUAAGCUUCACGAGUAUGUUUAUCCUCCUUGCCUGUGCGAUGGGGGCUUCGGUGCAUGGAUUGACGGUCACUCCUCCCGUCCAGACGCGCUGGGAGGAGCUGGGUUGGUCAGCCGUGCCUUGCCUGGCCCUCUUCGUGCUGGCUUGUACGAGGAGGUCGCCACCCCUGGAAGGUUCGAAGGUCCCAGUGCCGGCUGUGGAGAUUGGGGUCUCUGUCGCUCUCUUCAUCCUUGGUGGCUACCUCUGGAAUACGGAGUGGGGAUCCAGGGCAGAAGGGCUCGUCUAUAUGGCCGUGGACGUGAGGGACGGGGGCUGGGAGGCUGCGCUGCUCCGCCUUCCCACCUACCUCGCCCUGGUCGCGGUGGUGGCGCUGCAGCUGCAGCAGGGGAAAAAACACGAGUCGUUCGAGCAAGCCAAGGCGCGGCUGGAGAUCGAGGUCGUCUGCAUCGCCUCCGCCUCGGUGGUGGCCCUCCCACUCCUCGCGCUGUGCCCCUUUGUUGUCCUCCCCCUGAUCGCACUGCUAUUGCGGGGGGCUGCUUUCCUGACGGUGGCCCUUAGCUUUGUAGCGCUGCUUGCCCUUCAUUGCUGUGGGACUCUGGAAGCGUUGCCAAUCCUCUCCAAUGAAACCAAUAGCAGCGCCUACCCCGAUCUCUCAGCAGCCCCCGUCAACGAUACCGUCUUCCUGGAGACACAGGCUGCCUUCCCUGCCACUCCCACCCCGGAACCCGUCCUGGUGGACACCGUAUCUAGCGAGGCGGAGGCCAAGGUCGCGCCGGUGGACACAACCUACUACUCCCUGAUCCGGCUGAACAUCGAGGGCGACGUCCCCGAAGGCACCACCCUGGAGGAAUACCUGCAGCAGCAGGUGAAGCUCUACGUCGCGACUUACGGGGCGCAGGUCAGCAGCCUUGUCCUCGACUAUGUCACCCAGAUCCUGACGAACAACGUGGACCCUGGCAGCAGCCUGUCGGGCAACCACCGCAGGCUGAUGGAGACGCUCGGCGGCGGCACGGAGCUGGCCCAGAACACGACGGCGGUGAUCGUGGCGCUGCAGUCUCAGUCAUGGACCAACAUGCAGGCGGUGACAGCGGGAGUGAAUGCACAGAACCUCGCCCAGACGAUCAACGGGAGGAAGGUGCUGCAGGUGUCAGCGGUGUCGUCCACCAUCUCGUACACGCUCCCCGGCCCGGCGGAGGCGCUCAACUUCCUGCAGCGCGUCUCCCCCAGCCUAAGCGCUCUGAGCGGCCUGCAGUACAACGCCUCCACACAGCUAUGGUCUGUCAGAAUGCGUUUCGUGCCCGAGCCCGGCAGCUUCUCCGCUCUCUACGUCACCAGGACCAACGGCUACAGCGCGGCCGACAUGGCGAACCCGUGCGUGCAGCCGACGGCGACGCUGUGCUGCGUCUGGGACGUGAUGGCGAGGUACUACACCCCGGACCUCCCGCUCUCGAAUUUGAGCUGCAGCGCGGCGCUCACGGCGCAGCAGUUCUUCGACUCUCUCGGAGCUCAGAGAUUUGUACACAUCGACCUCCCAUCCCUGGGCAUUCGCUCCAGCUACGCAAGCCCCGGGGAUGAGCAGGAAGGGAUAGUGACGGUGGAGCUGGCCCAGGGGGCGGUGGAGCAGUACGUGAGCACGGUCCAGUCUACCUCCCUCUCGACAGGGGUCAACCGCUUCGGGAUCGGUCUUCUCGUCAUCCGCCCCAACCCGACCAGCAGCCCGGACGCCAUCCUGGACUUCAGCGUCUUCGACGUCUUCAGCGUCAACAACUUCCUCCUCUCCGUCCGAUCGACACAGGACUACACCCUUCUCAGCGGGCUGCAGGCUUCACUCCACGAGGUCAGCCAUCCACUCGCUCAAGGUAGCACCGCCCGGGGCUCUAUAUAUUACGCCAACCUCAACUUCGUCGUCCCGCAGGCCUACCGCAUGGUGGACACCCCUGAGAAUAUCGUCGCCUACCUCGGGACGCAGCAGCUUCCCUUCUCGCAGACCAGCGCGUGGCAGUCUCCCUGUGGGGUGUAUGGGGAUGACCCCAACGCAAGGCUGGAGGAAAGCUGCAGGAGCCUCUCUACUCUGAACUUCUGCCACCCGAUCCAGCACAACUUCCUCGGUCGGCCGGGCAUCGACAUCAACCUGCAGAUACCCUUCAACCCAGACCUCUCCGUUCCCGGCCUUACCCUGUACGUCUCCGUCCUCGUCCAGCUUCAGGACCCCGCGGGCUUCAGCCCUCCCGUCUUUACCAACGUCGUGCUCUCCGUCCCCCUGACGGGCUUUAUCAAACACUGCGUCCCGGUCGUUGCCGCCGCCGCCACGCUCCCGAACAACUACAUCAACGUGGUGAUGAGGACGGGGCUGGAGGAGGGAGCCGGGGUCACCGAGCAGAUCAGCCGCCUAGCGCAAAGCCUGGGUAUCGACAGCGCCCCCGUCGCCUCCUACUCCAUCGAUCUCACGGGCGGGAACGUGAUCCGGAGCAUCACCGACUCGCUCAUCACGAUCAAGCUGGAGGGCUUCGAGUCAUACUUCGCGGCGAACCCUUCCCUGCAGGUCUACGUCGACCAGGUGCUGACGAUCCACACCCUCGGGAACGAGACGAGGACGAAGCUCAAGGCUCUCAUCGACUCCCAUGCGGCGUACUACACCGUCCCCCCCUCCUCGGGUGGCUCUUACACAGAGUUGGUGCUAAGGGACGACCUACUGGACCUUUGCCAGGAGGGCGUCCCCGGGAAUGGCAGCGAUUGCACCUUCCGCUGGGAGGUCCGCGACCGCAUCACCGUGAAUCCUUUCUACGCCCACCGCGUCAAGGGAACGGAUGAGGAUGUUUCGUGGCUCAAGAACGUGAUAGGAACAUCGCAGCUCGCCUCCCAGGUGGCCAUCAACGUGACGCAGUACCAGGGCCUACAGGGGGGUGCCGACCCCAGGUACAACUCCGUCGUGUGGCUCUACCCCGCCUACGCCUGGCCCGGAAGGGCUCUGUUCUAUCUGACGGACUACGUCUUCGCCGCGGUGGCCUUCAGCGUCCAGGCCGUCGGGCAGCCGACCGGGAGUCGGAGGCUCCUGGCGAUGCCAUUCUCUCCCUCCGAAGAGGCGCAGAACAGCGAAAAGAAAGAGUACGAUGAGGAAGACGGGGAUUACGAGAGAUGGCUGCGGGAGAAAGAGCGAGAGGAGGAAGAGGAGAUGAUGCGUAAGAUAAAGGAGAAAGAGAAGAAAUUGUGGCCUGUACACUUAAGAAAUAUGCGCCGCCCUCACCUGCAGGUGGUGCGGAAGGAGGAGGAGAAGGAGCGAUACGAGUUAGAGACAAUGUGGAUACCGGUAUCAUACUUCAUCCUACGCGACGCGGGGGCCGUCUUGGAGGAGGGGGCCCUAUACGGCGCGGGGGUCGUCUUGCGGCAAGAGGUAAAUUGCUUGAUGCGUGCCAUGGGGCCAGGGUGA